AUGGUGAAGGUAUAUGGACUUGUAGUUUUGUAUAAAGGAGUGACCAGUGCCACAAUUUUAAAAGCAGCAUAUGAUUUACAAAGCUUUAGUUUUUUCCAAAGAUCUUCUGUUCAAGAGUUUAUGACUUUUGUGAGUAAGACAAUUGUUGAGAGAACACAUCAAGCAUCCAGGCAAUCAGUAAAAGAAGGUGAAUAUAUGGUUCAAGUAUAUGUAAGAGCAGAUAACCUUGCAGGGGUUCUUAUAUCAGAUCAUGAAUAUCCGAAUAGAGUUGCACAUACUCUUAUAACAAAACUGCUUGAUGAUUUUUCUGCUAAAGUGCCAGUGGCAAUUUGGCAGACUGGGGAUGAAACAACUAUAGACUUUCCUGUCCUCCCACAAUAUUUAGCCAAAUAUCAGGAUCCUAAGGAAGCAGAUGCUUUGACAAAAAUACAGAAUGACUUAGAUGAAACUAAAAUUAUUCUUCAUGACACAAUUAAAGCUGUGUUAGAGAGGGGAGAGAAAUUGGAUGACUUAGUUGAAAAAUCAAAUAGUCUUUCUAUGCAUAGUAAGGCAUUCUAUAAGACUGCUCGUAAGACAAAUAGUUGUUGUAAUUUUUGA